AUGGGGUUCUUUGAGAAUGCGGUUGGUGGUCGGACCUGUGGCGGACCGCCUUCCACGCGGCGCGCACAGCUCGCGUGCAGGUGCGCGAGCAGUGGGAGCCCCGAGCUGGGUCAGGCGACGAAGCUGGAGACGGUGGCGGGGCCGCUCGCUGCGCACGGCGCCCCGGCCGAGCUGGUCCUCCGCAAGGACAGCAUCCUCAGGAAAGGCGGCAGUCCUGUGCGUGGCGUGAUGCGGCCGCCGCCCACGGUGGACAUGUGCCCCGACCUGGACACGCUGGCCGAGCUCGGCGCCGCCGACGAGACGGUGCGCAUAGCCGUGCUCGGCAUGCAGGGCGUCGGCAAGUCAGCCAUCACGGUUCGUUAUCUGACGCAUCGGUUUAUCGGCGAGUACAAGUCAAACACAGAUAUGAUGUACCAUCAGGUGAUCAAGCUGGAUGGAUCAACGAUAAAAGUGGACAUCAUCGAUGUCUCAACUUCAGUCCAGAGCGGCGCACUGGUGCACAACAACAUCCGCAGCUGGGCCGAGGGCUUCCUGCUCGUGUACGCGGUGACCGAGCCCGACUCGUUCGAGCACGCGCGCCACCUGCUGGAGGAGCUUCGCCGGACGGGCGCCGGCCUACGCACGGCCCCGGUCCGCGACGGCUCCAAGAGCCCGGCCGGCCGCCGCAAGAGGGCGGCCACGCCGCAGCGGCCUGCCAGCGGGGACACCGGCGAGCCGACCGCGCCCACCAUCCUAGUCGGCAACAAAACCGACCUCAUCCACCUGACCAAGGUGGACUCGACGCUAGCCCUGGAGACGGCGCUCCGGCUGGGCUGCCAGCGCGAGGAGGUGAGCGCCUCUGACUCGUCCGAGGAGAUCAGCGCGCUCUUCCACACCGUGAUCCGGCAGUGUCUGGCGCUGAAGCGGCGCCGCUCGGGCAUGGAUGCGCUGCGAAGCGCCUUCUCCAGCCUGCCACGCGCCGGCCGCGGCCAGCUGCCCACCCAUGGCGAGACCCAGCUGGUGGACAUCGUGUCGCCGGUGGAGCUGCGCCCGGCGACGGCGGCGACGGCUGCGGCGGCGCGGGACAGCGAGGGCUCGCACCAGCGACGGCGAGAGCGUCUGCUCCGGCGCCACCUCUUCACCACCUCCCCGCUGAAGACGUCCGUGCCCGACCUCAGCAAGGCCUCGCUCUCCGAGAAGCUGGACACGCUGAAGAAAACGGUGAAGAAGGUGUCCGUGUGA